AUUGACGGAGUGCCUCGAAUUUGUUCUAACAAAACAUGGUUGAGCUCCUCAUGGAUCGUCUUAUUCCGCACGUACAGUAGGCUCGUGCUCCUUACGUCGUGAGGUGCAUACAUGCAGGAGAUGAGAUCCCGUGUUCCUUCCGGGUGAAGACGAAGACGGGGGUAGUCGGCGCGCGGCAACGUGGCCAUUCGACGACCACCUACGAGGCUUGGAAGAAUUCGGGGCGACCGCUGCUGCUGGAGCUAGCUGGCCUUCUGGGGGUACGUGCGUGCAGCUGGUGCGGCCGGUGGAACGCACCUUCGUGUUCCCCGUCCACGUGCAUCAUCCCGCUGGCCCGCCACUUGCCAGGAAGAUCGAUCAGCCGCGCGCGCGUAUAUAUAGUACAUGAGCUCGCUGCGAUGAGCAUCAUAUUCAAAGCUGAUAUCAUUGCCACUUCCAGGAGAGUACUCUGUCGAGGUUCAUGGCGUCCAUGGAGAACAUCCAUGUCCGGACGGACGGCGAGCCGGGGUGCGCUCUGCCGCCGGAAGCACACUCUUUCUCGGGGGAUAUCGGCGGCGGUACGACGAUCGAGACGCCUUUCUCUGUGUCGUUGAGCGUUCCGGCCUCACCGAUGGAGACGAAGAUCGGUGUCCACCACCCCGCCAUGCCCCUGAGGCAAGCCCGUCAACACUCGCUGCCGUCCCCGGUAGUCAGAGGUAAUGCCGACGCGCCGGCCGUGCCGCGGAGCGACACCAUGCGGAAGCGGGACCGGCGAUUCGACCGCUUAAGGACCUUCUCCGGCCGCCUCGACCGCCAGCUCUCCACCCUCCGCGGCUUGUCACAGGAACUGCCGGCUGCUGACCCCGAGCGUGGCAGCGCCAAUAUCUCCGAGGAGGACACUGAUGAGGACCACGACGUCCCCACCGCCGGCCGCUACUUCGCCGCACUCGAAGGCGCCGAGCUCGACACCCUUCGUUCGACGGAGGUGGCGGUGCUGCCCAAGGACGACCUGUGGCCUUUCUUGCUUCGGUUCCCCAUCAGCGCCUUCGGGAUGUGCCUCGGCGUCAGUAGCCAAGCGAUGCUAUGGAAGACGCUCGAGUCAGAGCCCUCCAUGGCGUUCCUCCGCGUGCGCCCCGCCGCCAACCAUGUCCUCUGGUGGGUCUCCGUUGCCCUCACCGCCGUUGUCUCCAUCGUCUACCUUCUCAAGGUCGUCUUCUACUUCGAGGCCGUCCGCCGCGAGUUCCACCAUCCGGUCCGCGUCAACUUCUUCUUCGCUCCCUGGGUCGCCUGCCUCUUCCUCGUCAAGGGAGUGCCCCUCCCAGAGUGGGAGAUCCACCAUGUCUUCUGGUACCUUCUCAUGGCGCCCAUCUUAUGCCUCGACCUCAAGAUCCACGGCCAGUGGAUGUCCAGCGGCGAGCGGCGCCUCUCGAAGGUGGCCAACCCAUCCAACCACCUCGCUGUUGUUGGCAACUUUGUUGGUGCGCUACUCGGUGCCAGGAUGGGCCUCCGGGAGCUGCCCAUCUUCUUCUUUGCUGUUGGGUUGGCCCACUAUGCGGUGCUCUUCGUCACCCUCUACCAACGGCUCCCCACUAACAUGCAGCUCCCCAAGGAGCUCCACCCGGUCUUCUUUCUCUUGGUUGCCACACCUAGUGUCGCGUCCAUGGCAUGGGCGAGGAUCUCCGGCGAGUUCAACAACAGCGCCAAGCUCCUAUACUUCAUCUCGCUCUUCCUCUAUGUAUCGUUGGUGGUGCGUGUCAACCUGUUCCGGGGGUUAAGGUUCUCGUUGGCUUGGUGGGCCUACACGUUCCCGAUGACGAGUGUUGCCCUAGCGACGGUGUUGUAUGCGUCAGAGGUGAACAACAUGGUAACACAAAUGCUUACGGUCGGGCUAUCAGGAAUUGCCGUUGUCACCGUCAUCGGCGUGUUGGCCACCACCGUGUACCACGCCUUUGUGCGUGGGGACCUGUUCCCCAACGACGUUUCCAUCGCCAUCACGCAAAAGAGGCCCAAAUUUAGCAACAUACUUGCACACCUCCGCUCGCCCACUCCGGCGUCAAGUAGCUCAUCCUCUUCAUCCUAAUUUCAUUUCCAAGCAUGACACCUACU